CUAUCCGCGUGGUUUAAGCAAGGAAUUGGGAAUACGGUUUAAUGGAAGAUGGUGGGGGGGCUGUCCGAUUGAGGUCUUAUCUUCUUAGUUCAUUGAACCAGAAGAAAGGCUGCUUCACUCGUCUCCUUUGUGCUACAGAUAGUGUACUUCUUGGUCUCGUCCUAUAUGCUCUAUCUUAUGCCCUUGCUGGUCUUCUCUCCUCCCUGCGGUCUUCUAUUUGUAGUUGAAAGCCUCAUUGUUUGAAGCCAUUCUUCUCCUCAGUUAACAGGCAUCAGGAGAAAACUGGAUAGAAGCAGUCAGGAGAGAACCAAACAUCACCAGACUUACUGGUGCCCUUUGGGUGGGCACUUCAGUCUCCUGUUGCUUUAAAGAUUCUUCGACUCUCCUGUAUCUUCACAAGUUGCAAGUGAUGGAUGAGAAUGAAAAUCCCACAAACGUCCCAGAAACAGAAUACUCUGACCCAGAUCUUCAGAGGAAGCACUCAUUAAUGCUUGAGCGCCUCUCAAACCGUCACCAGAAUCGUUUGGAUAACUCCCGCCGAUCUGAAUCUGGAUCAUCUUCUUUUGAAUCCACUUCAUCCUUUUUUUCACGCUUUUCUGAAAUGAAGUGCUCCAUUGAGUCUCGGCUAGCUGAUUGCCAAACUGCUCCCUCUGAUCCAGCUCAACUCAAGUUUCACUUCGAAAAAAUAUCUGCAUCUAUUUCUGAUCUAGAGAAACUUGUUGCUGAAAACUCAUAUUUCUUGCCAUCCUAUGAUGUUCGAUCCUCACUCAAAACUGUUUCGGAUUUGAAACAAAGCCUUGAGAGUUUGAAUUCCCAACUUGUUCCAAAAAAGAAAUUUGCAUUUAAGAACAAAGGAAACAAGAAAGAAUCUGGUGUUGCAGAAUUGAAAGAGCCUCCUCCUUCAAAGUGCACUGAUGAUUCACCAGAGAAAAAGAGACUUACCUUGUGGGAUUCGCCAGGAUUUAGAGGCAAAGUAGGUCAGGUUUUGUUCGAGGAGUUUAGGGGAUCAGAAGUUGGAGAAUUCACAAUUUCAGACCUUGAUUCUUGUGAAGUUAGAUUAAUUGGUUGUUUAAGGGCGCUUUUUAUUCAUAGGCUGAAGAAUUGCCAGGUUUAUGUAGGGCCUGUAAUGGGUUCAAUUCUUAUUGAGGAAGUUGAGGGAUGCAUCUUUGUGAUGGCAUCACAUCAAAUUAGGAUUCAUCAUGCCAAAAGAAGUGAUUUUUACUUGAGAGUUAGGAGCCGACCCAUAAUUGAGGAUUCUAGUAGUGUGAGGUUUUCACCAUAUUGUCUGACUUACGAAGGGAUUGAAGAAGAUCUUCAGCAUGCUAGUCUUGAUAAUGAGACUGGAAAUUGGGCAAAUGUGGAUGACUUCAAGUGGUUGCGUGCAACACAAUCUCCAAAUUGGUCAAUAUUGCCGGAGAAUCAGAGGAUUAAGAUUGUUGAUAUAUCAACUCAGGAGAUUAAAAACAACAACACUUGAGUUCUAUGCAUGUCUCAUAGCAUGCCAAAGUGUUCAAGAUUGUGUCUUUUUUGUUA